UUUUUCUCUCUCUCCUAGAGGGAUUGUAUGACAGCUAUUCCUGCUGCUGGCAGAGAGAGUAGAGACUGUGAGGGAGAGGGAAAGUCUGUUAUUCAGAGGAAGUUACCACCUCUUCCCUAUAGGCUUCUCUACACGUUCCAGGACUGGAGAACAGCAGUAGUCACACAUAGGGAAUCGUCAAGAUUGACAAAGUCAGGAUUGCUUGUUGUGUUGAUUUUCCCAAUCUGGAGGCGAGAAGUGUACUAUUUUGACUGAGACUAGCAUUGAGCCUUACCUUAUCUUGACAGGAAUUAACUUUCCUAAGAAGACACCUUGACAGCACUACUUAUUUGGGAGGCCAAAUGAACUGUACGGCCUGAGGAGCGAAGGGCACAGGCAUAGAUCCAGAGAGAGAGAGAGAGAGAGAGAGAGAGAGAGGCUCAAUCAUUCAGCAAACCUCUCCACUUCCACCAUGAGCUGGGACUAAAGAGUUACCUCUACAGCUUCAUUUUAUGGUGUAAGAAAGGGCUACUGGACAUAUCGUCAGCAUGGAUGCAAAGAGGAAAGAGAUGGACCUCCUCAGCAACAGCAUAGCUGCCUACGCACACAUCAAAGAGAACCCGGAGAGCUUUGGGCUGUACUUUGUAAUCGGGGUUUGUUUCGGCCUGGUCCUCACCCUCUGCCUCCUGGUCAUCCGUAUCUCCUGCAAGCCCCGCACCAACAUACCGGCCUCCACGCCCGAGAAGAAACACUUAAAGGAUUUCAGUGAGGACGAAUGUGAUGGAGAUAGCGAGGAUGAGGAAGAGGAGGGUGACGUUGAAGCACCCGCCCCCCUGCCCACCACAGAGAUUCCCAUUGGCAACCACCACAACCACAGCCAAUCGGAUGGGACACUGAGCGUUAACGUGUUCACGUCGGCCGAGGAACUGGAGCGGGCGCAGCGAUUGGAGGAGAGGGAGCGAAUCAUACGGGAGAUCUGGAGGAAUGGGCAGCCCGAUAUCCUGGGUUCAGGAACAGGCACUAUAGGUCGGGUGCACUACUACUAACGCCAAAUACUACGGGACCACUGAAUGGACAUACUAUAUAGAACUAUGGUGCUAUGGAAUCAGGGGGUACACUGUGGUCCACACCCGCCAAAGACAGACUUCAGUUCCCUGAGGGAGACUUUACGAUUCCCAUGAGGGGUGUUCCUCAUGCUGUGCAUACAGGCAGGUCACAAAUGGCAUGCUAGUUCGAUCUGGUGUGUAUUCAGUGAUGUGAAAUGUUCUGAGCGUUGCAGAUAGAAAUAGAAUGAUUAGAGCGUACACAAUUCCCUAUUCUACCUGAAAGACAAUCACAUCUGUUCUACACGCUACGUUUCUAUCUGAACUCUCUGUAACGUGACAUCCCUCUGAACAGGCCCCUGAAGUGUAAGUCUUGACUCUAACACUAUGUGAUAGUGGUGUGCUGUGUGAAUGUAUUUCCCCCAUCAACAUUUGUCACCUACUAUCACUGCCAUAAUGGAGUUACACCACAAGGCACCUUUGAGACCAGUUCUGCUGCUUUGUGAUCUAGGCAUGUGAAUGGUAACAUUUAUCAUAAUUGGAGUCUACAGUGUAGAGAGAUUCCUGAAUAAAGUAUUGCUCUUAGAAAAACACAAAGGGAGUAAGGAAGGUCCUAAUACAGGGAGUCAGGACCAAGUAUUUUGCAAUGAGAGGUCACUUCCUUUUGUUUGCUAUGGGGCCAUGUUUCCUUCAACACAUUGGUGAGUUUACAGCGGGACAGCUCCGUGAACUGUUUGUCAUUAUAUUAGGAAAUUAUCCUCAAGUGAUCUUGGAACCUUCUGUGAGGAAAUUGCUUCGUCUAAGUAAGAAAAUAGAAAUAGAUUCAGUGGAACCAUUUUUCACCUGAUGUCAAGUCAUUUUGGAAUUGGACUGCUCAGUUUAUGGACACAGUUUUAGGCUGUUUUCAGAACCAAUUACACUUGGGGAAAUGAAAUAAUUAAAGUGUUAAACUCAAAAGGCCUUGUGGUUGUUUCUGUUACACAUAAUGUCUUUUAGACAAACAAUACUCUUCCUUAUUAAAAUGUCCCUGGGCUAUGUAUUUUGAAUAUACUGUACAAUAUAAAGAUUGUCUAGGGGUGAAAUUUAACAACUGAAAGACCUCAGUUGAGCCAUUUAAUUACAAUGGAUUGUAAGGUCACUCAUUGUUAAUUGUUCAUCUUAACCAAUUGCUACCGUGUGCUUUGAAAUGUUAAAUAGAUGUGAUUUUUAUAAUACAAUAUCUUGAAAACUUGUUUGCUAAAUGUUUUGGCAAAACCCAGUGUUCUAUCUAAACUAAAUAAAGUCUUAUUUUAUUGUCUGAAAUAAAACACAGGACAAAAGGAUA